AUGGCUUCGAUCGUUUAUGAUGGCGUUGGUGGUGGUGGAACUCUUUUUGCGGGCAUGAAGUUUUUUAUUCUUCAACGGGUUCCUAUGCGCCCCAGAUGGAUAGAGUUAAUUCAGUCGAACGGGGGUGAAGUAACAAAAUUCGAAAAGAAGGCCGAUAUCUUGAUCGCGGAUGGUGCACGAAAAGAUGUACCCCCAGGGUCUGUUUCAUGGAAUUUUAUUGAGGAAUCUGCGAAAGCUGGUAAAUUGGUAGACAUUGAAAAACAUCGAUGUGGAGCACCAGCAGGCACGAUUAGAGAGCAAGGAUCCGCACAGCCUGCGAAAACUACGCGCACACCUUAUACAGCCGAAGAUGACCGUUUAUUGACCAAAUGGGUCUUGAAAGCAGAGCGAAUGGGACGUUCUACCAAGGGUAACCAAAUAUACAUGGAAUUUGAGACGCUGUAUCCUCGUCAUACAUUUCAAUCUUGGCUAGAUCACUGGAAGAAGGUUCUUCUCCCUCGCCAUGAGGCCGGACGGCUGCACUACGAGAUCGAGGAUGGUGACUCUCCAUCCCCCGAAAGACAACCAAAAUCUAGUAGAAGGGAGCCGGUCAAGCCUCCUGCGACAAAGGUCUCUCACGAUCGUGUCCAACCUAGUGCACCAAAAAAAAGAUCUCCGGUUCCUGCCUCAUCAUCUCCCCCAAAACAUUCAAGCUCCCGACUACCUCAACCGGCACUUUCACAAGCUCCAUCCCCUGAGGGAAGAAUGCGGAAGAUUAUAGCCGGGCGACCUUUUACAGAGGAAGAUGAUAGUCUUCUCCGAGGAGAGUUUGUUGGAAUUCACAACCUUGAUCCGAACAAAGAGAUUGAGGCUUGGGAGACUUGGGCUGAAUUGCAGGGAUAUCAUACCGCCCAAGAAUGGCGAAAUUAUUUCUAUGAUACGUUUUCCCCUAAAGAAUUAAAAGCCAGGGAAAAGAAAUUACAGGCAAAAAACAAGCCUGCACUAUCUACCGCUAGUCGGCAAAAAUCUAGUUCUCUAAAGGACGAAUAUAUCAGACCAUCCAUGCGAACAAAGCAUUCUAUCUAUAAGGCUGAUGAAUCUUCAUUGACAGACGCUGUCAGAAGUCCCAUUGCACCUCCCACCAAUGCUAGAUCAAGUGUCAACCAUGAAACAAAGGCACGAGAAGCAGAAUCACGGAAAAUUGAUUUGGAAAAAAGACCUUAUACAAAUUCUCUUUUAAAGGAAGAGGACUAUUUCACGUAUACACUAAAGGACUUCUCGGGGUCAAUCGGUUUUGAACCGGGUGACCUAAACUUAUCUCCCAAAAUUCGCGGAAAAGAAAUAUCCAUCUUCAAGCUUUGGCAGAUUGUUAUGUUAUUUGGUGGAUUUAAGAAGACGAAUGCUGGAAACCGAUGGCAAGAGAUAGCCGAUAGGUUAGGCUUUCCCAUUGCCAAACGUGCCAAGGCUGCUGAAGAUUUAAAGAAUUGUUAUGACGAAAUCCUGCACGAAUUUGAAAUAGCAAUUGCUGAGGCUGAGAAUGAUACUGACAAUCCCGAAUUCACGGCCUCUCAAGAGGAAACUAUGAUAGCUUCACAGCUUGAAGAUACGAUUUCACGCGGUGUUCAAAAAGCUUUCGGCCAUGAAGGAGAAUCGGAGGUUGACGAUGAAGAUCUGGAUUUACCACCGCCAUUGACCCAAUCUAAGCAACAGUCCACUAUAUCAACCAAGAAACGCGCCAUUGAUUCUGAUAACAUGUCGAACCACAGCGGAUCAUCUGCAACCAAAGGUGAACCCCAAACUAAGCGUCGAAAAGUUGAUAAGGGCAAAGGUAAAGAAGUGGAAAUCCCAUCUACCCCAGAACACAUUUUCAAUGCUACACAACUACCUGCCAACCAUCAGUCAUCUCCACUCAAACAUAAGUCAUCGCCACUCAAAUCUCAGUUUGGUGAAGGUGACGGCUUAAGCAGUAGCGAUCAUGAAGCUCGAGAAAGAGUUCGCCGUAUCCAGCAAGAUAAUCCAAAAGGAUCAUCUCGGAAAGUUUCAGCAAAAAAUCCUAUACUUGAACCAGAGACGCAAGACUUUCAUUACACAGACAUUGACGAUGAAGUCUCGAAAGCAUCUCCCACUCCAGCUCCGAAGAAAAUAACCACAGCUCCUGUCAUAGAUUUAAGUGGAGAUUUACCUACAGAGUCAGAACCAGAACCAGAAUCAGAGUCGCAAAACUUUGUAGAAGUUGAGAUCAAUAAAUAUAUUGCCCUCGGCUACUCUGAACAAAUCAUAUUUGAAGCUAUCAAUGUAACGACAUAUGUAUUCGAGCUUGCAAGCGUGGUUAUGGAACAAUUGAAAAUGGGGCACUCUAUACCGGAUAAUAUGGUUGGCGUUUGGACUGAAAGGGACGAUGAAGCGUUGUUUCAAAAUAAAGGGGCAGAGUACGAGAGAAUAAGGAUGAAACAUGGCGAUGACAGGAUUGCUGCGAGACGAGAUUUUAAAGAAUCCAUGAGGGACAUCGAGGAAGUGUGA